AUUUUUUUUUGGGGGGGGCAUAGUAUCAACAACUCUCUGUACCCAAAGUUCUGCUAUAGUAAUCAUACAAAGUUUCUCUCAACCUCACCUCUCCCUAUUUUGUCAUUUCUAAUUUAUUUUGCCCAACUCCUCAUAUUUUUUUUAAUAUCAAAAAAUAAAGAUCCAUAUCCAAAUCUGCCUCCUUAAAAUGCACUUGUGUUUUAGCACAUUUUAUUUUCAUUCCCCCAAGAAUACAAAUCUAGCUUAACACAAUUAUAUUGCUUUGUAAUGCUAAUUAGGGCUGUAGUUUUAUGAGGUUUGAGUACAGUGAGUGACAAGGGCAUCACAGGUGCUAUAGAGGUCUUUCACUGACGUCAUAGAUUUUUUUUUCACGCAGCAUCCACCAUAUUGCCGGGCAAACAAAAAAAACAGCCACGAUAGUAAAGAAUGAAAAUCAAGAUGACUGCAGUCAGUACGAUCUCUCUGAAACUAUUAAAAAUUUAUUUUAUACCAGCAAAUCGCGUUACAUCCAAAAGCUGAAACAUGCAGGCAUCACAGAUCCACAUAAUUUACCCACAAAUCUAUUUGUUUUUUAUUCUGCAUCUCUCUCUCUCUCUCUCUCUCUCUCUCUGCAUGCAUGCACGCUUGUUCACCACUUCAGAUGGAUUAAAUGCAGAAGAGGGAUUUUGCUGUGCUUGAGUUCAUAUGUGACAAAAAUAAAGGCUGCUUCUUAAUUUACCCACAAAUGUAUUUAUCCCACUUAAAAAGUGUAUGGCAAAUCAGCUGCCAGAUUUGGGACACUAUAACAUAUUACUGAAAUAUUUAGUAUUUGAGAUUUCUAAAUACGCCGGAGAUGCUAAAGGCUUACAAAAAUAUAGAUGCCUACCAAUAUUUUGAGGCAGGUUUCAUGCAUGCUGGAAUGUUCUGGGAAAUUCGUGAUUUAAAAAAAAAUAUAUAUACACCUUAUUAUGACAAAGGUAAGCUCAGAUAUGGAUUUUUAAUAAUAAUAAUAAACAAGCCAGAGCCUUGAUGUAGCGUAUUUUAUGGUGUUUAGCUGAGUCUACAGUAUCAGUACAUAAUAAAAAUGCUGCUAGUCUAGUCAAGCUUUAGGUCUAAUAAAAUGUAUCGUGUCCAAAGCCCACAUCCAGAUAUACAUUUUAACGUUACCAGAGCUUUCACACUAAUCUGAUAUAUAAAAUGUUCUCCACACAUGGGGAUGUUUUGUCAGUCGGUCUUCCUGUUUAACUGCAAUGCACUUUUAUUUAUUUAUUUAUUUAUUUACUUACUUACUUCUCUCGUCUUUCUGGAUUCACAGGGAAGCAGUGAAAAGUUAAACCAGGCUUAUCUCUGUCUGUUAUUACAUCCAAAAGCACUACAGGCUUCUUUUCUGCCGGUUGAAGUCUGACUGCAGAUGGACCCUUGGCACUGAAAGUGUACGUAUUCUGGAGAGCACAGACCAAGACCCUGCAACAUUGAUGGCUAUAUCAUCUCCUUAACAUAAACCACUAUGUACCUGCCUGUUUUUAAACUCUGAAUGUUAAGUGUUUUAAUGUUAGACUGUUUUGUGAUGCAACUUAUGUGAGAGGACAUUAAGUCAAAGAUUUGUGUGGAGUAGAAUGAAGGUCAGUUGACUUUGCAAUGUGAGGAAAAUGCUGGCGGUAGCCUGUGCCUGACUAGCUGUCUUGCAUUUUGUUGGUGCUUUUUUGCGCAGGGGGCAAAACGCCAGAUCCCAAGAUGCCUGCCAGGUCAUAUAUGGAUGUGAUGAAGGAGCAGCAUCUUUCUAAAGAAGAGAGAGAAAUCAGACUGCAGAUGGCAGAAAAGGCAAAAUCAGGUGACCUGAAAGCAGUCAAUGGCUCUGCCGCAUCUCAAUCUGCUGCUCCCAAACGCAAGCGUCGGUGGGACCAGACUGCUGACCAGACUCCAAAUGCUACUCCCAAAAAAGUGUCCAGCUGGGAUCAAGCAGAAGGCACAGUAGAGACACCAGGACACACACCUGGACACACACCUUCAAACAGUCGCUGGGAUGAGACACCUGGUCGUCCCAAGGGUAGCGAGACUCCUGGAGCCACCCCCAGUACACGCAUGUGGGACCCCACACCUAGUCACACCCCUGCUGGAGCUGCAACUCCUGGCCGAGACACCCCUGGGCACGCCACACCUGGCCAUGGAGGUGCCACAUCAAGCGUGCACAAAAACCGCUGGGACGAGACGCCAAAGACAGAAAGAGAGACACCUGACUAUGGCAGGGCUGAGACUCCUUGUACAGACCGAGGGGAUGAGUCUGUGGGAGAGACCCCAACUCCUGGAGCAAGCAAAAGAAAAUCCCGUUGGGAUGAGACUCCUGCCAGUCAGAUGGGCUCCUCCACCCCUCUGCUCACCCCUGGAAAGACCCCUAUUGGCACACCAGCUAUGAAUAUGGCCACACCCACUCCAGGUCAUUUGAUGAGUAUGACUCCAGAGCAGCUUCAAGCAUGGCGCUGGGAGAGAGAGAUUGAUGAGCGGAACCGCCCACUGACUGAUGAGGAGCUGGACGCCAUGUUUCCAGAAGGCUACAAGGUGCUGCCCCCACCAGCAGGCUAUGUGCCCAUCCGCACCCCCGCCCGUAAGUUAGCUGCCACCCCAACACCCAUCGGCGGCAUGACUGGCUUCCACAUGCAGGCUGAAGACCGAACCACCAAACAGAUGAAUGACCAACCAGCUGGUAACCUGCCUUUCCUAAAACCAGAUGACAUCCAGUACUUUGACAAACUUCUGGUGGAGGUGGAUGAGUCCACUCUGAGUCCAGAGGAGCAGAAGGAGCGCAAAAUUAUGAAGCUGCUCCUGAAAAUAAAAAAUGGCACCCCUCCCAUGAGGAAGGCUGCUCUCAGGCAAAUCACCGACAAGGCCAGGGAAUUUGGUGCUGGGCCUCUUUUCAAUCAGAUUCUGCCCCUGCUUAUGUCUCCUACCCUUGAAGAUCAGGAGCGCCAUCUGUUGGUGAAGGUCAUUGACCGCAUCCUGUACAAACUGGAUGACCUGGUUCGACCUUAUGUCCACAAGAUCCUUGUGGUGAUCGAACCCUUGUUGAUUGAUGAAGAUUACUAUGCUAGAGUAGAGGGCAGAGAGAUUAUCUCCAAUUUGGCAAAGGCUGCUGGUCUGGCCACUAUGAUCUCCACAAUGAGGCCUGAUAUUGACAAUAUGGAUGAGUAUGUGAGAAACACAACAGCUCGUGCCUUUGCUGUUGUGGCAUCUGCUUUGGGUAUUCCCUCCCUCCUGCCUUUCCUCAAAGCUGUGUGCAAGAGCAAGAAGUCGUGGCAGGCUCGGCACACAGGCAUUAAAAUUGUGCAGCAGAUUGCCAUCCUCAUGGGUUGUGCCAUCUUGCCUCAUCUCCGCAGCUUGGUGGAGAUUAUUGAACAUGGUCUUGUGGAUGAGCAGCAGAAAGUGCGAACCAUCAGUGCUUUGGCCAUUGCUGCUCUUGCAGAGGCUGCUACACCUUAUGGUAUCGAGUCUUUUGACUCUGUGCUCAAGCCUCUUUGGAAGGGUAUCAGACAACACAGAGGCAAGGGUUUGGCUGCUUUCUUAAAAGCUAUUGGGUAUUUGAUUCCUCUUAUGGAUGCUGAGUAUGCCAACUACUAUACAAGGGAGGUGAUGCUUAUCCUCAUUCGAGAGUUCCAGUCUCCAGAUGAGGAAAUGAAGAAGAUUGUCCUGAAGGUGGUGAAGCAGUGCUGUGGGACAGAUGGUGUGGAGGCCAACUACAUCAAAACAGAGAUUCUGCCCCCUUUCUUUAAACACUUCUGGCAGCACCGUAUGGCCUUGGACAGACGUAACUACAGACAAUUGGUAGACACUACAGUAGAGCUGGCCAACAAAGUUGGUGCAGCAGAAAUCAUCUCAAGAAUUGUGGACGACUUGAAGGAUGAAGCUGAGCAGUACAGAAAGAUGGUGAUGGAGACGAUAGAGAAGAUCAUGGGUAACUUGGGUGCAGCAGACAUUGACCACAAACUAGAGGAGCAACUUAUUGAUGGCAUCUUGUAUGCUUUCCAAGAACAAACUACUGAGGACUCUGUGAUGCUGAAUGGUUUUGGAACAGUGGUGAAUGCUCUGGGCAAGCGAGUUAAGCCCUACCUGCCUCAGAUCUGUGGUACUGUUCUGUGGCGUCUAAACAAUAAGUCAGCCAAAGUCCGCCAGCAGGCUGCUGACCUCAUUUCUCGCACAGCUGUGGUUAUGAAGACCUGUCAAGAGGAGAAGCUGAUGGGUCAUUUGGGAGUGGUGCUGUAUGAGUACCUGGGAGAGGAAUACCCUGAAGUGCUUGGAAGCAUCCUUGGAGCUCUUAAAGCUAUUGUUAAUGUUAUUGGUAUGCACAAGAUGACGCCUCCAAUUAAGGAUUUACUUCCUCGAUUGACACCAAUCCUGAAAAACAGACAUGAAAAGGUGCAAGAAAACUGCAUUGAUCUCGUGGGCAGAAUUGCUGACAGAGGUGCAGAGUACGUGUCUGCCAGAGAGUGGAUGCGAAUCUGUUUCGAACUGCUGGAGCUGCUGAAAGCUCACAAGAAAGCAAUCCGCCGAGCUACAGUCAACACUUUUGGCUACAUUGCUAAGGCAAUCGGACCUCAUGAUGUGCUUGCCACACUGCUUAACAACUUGAAAGUGCAGGAGCGUCAAAACAGAGUUUGUACAACAGUAGCGAUAGCCAUCGUGGCAGAAACAUGCUCACCCUUCACCGUACUCCCAGCAUUGAUGAACGAGUACCGUGUACCUGAACUGAAUGUUCAGAAUGGUGUGCUAAAAUCCCUCUCCUUCUUAUUUGAAUAUAUUGGUGAAAUGGGCAAGGACUACAUCUAUGCUGUCACCCCAUUACUGGAGGAUGCUCUGAUGGACAGAGACCUUGUACAUCGGCAGACAGCCUGCGCUGUAGUGCAACACAUGUCUCUUGGUGUGUAUGGCUUUGGUUGUGAGGACUCCCUCAACCACUUGCUCAACUAUGUUUGGCCCAAUGUUUUUGAAACCUCACCGCAUGUUAUCCAAGCUGUAAUGGGAGCCCUUGAGGGACUUCGUGUGGCUCUUGGACCAUGCCGGAUGUUACAAUAUUGCCUGCAGGGUUUGUUCCAUCCAGCACGGAAGGUUCGUGAUGUGUACUGGAAGAUAUAUAAUUCCAUCUACAUUGGUUCCCAGGAUGCGUUGAUUGCACAUUAUUCCCGUGUCCCCAAUGAUGAGAGGAACCCAUACGUCCGCUCAGAGCUGGAGUACUUCCUGUGAACACAUUUAAACUUGUGCAUGCUUCCCUUUUUUUUUUUACUUUUUUUUUUAAUUCUUAUAGACAUGGUUAUAGUUCUUGGUCCAUUUAAUUUUAAUCCUUGUGUUGUGUUCAUGUUUUUGUGACUCAGCUAGUGUUAGCAGGUCUGGUGGACCCACUGUAAAAAUGCUUACCAGGUAUUUACUUUAUCCCAGUUCCAAGCAUUAUAGACAGCAUAUAUGGUUAAUAUUUGCCAUUUACCUCUGUUAGUUCACUUAUGAAUAAAAAUGCCAUUUGUUUUUGUGAUUAAAAUGUAAUAAAAUUUAUAUUCAAGACAUGGAAAAAAAAUAUAAACAACGUUUUUCAUGACUCUUGAUGUUUAGUUCUUUGAAAUUGAAAACAUUUGUUUCAGUCUACACAGCAGGAACCCCACUGAACAUACAGUAGUCUAUUCAUGCCAACCUAUACAACACAUGAGGCGUGGAGUUUUACUGUGUUGCACAUGUAUUUCUUGCACUUGAUGCAUGUACAGUUGUGUUCAAAAUAAUAGCAGUGUGUUU